UCCCUAAUCGGGCUUAUGAUUUGGCUAAUUGUUAUUUGUGCGGGAAAGAGUUACAAGCUGCCCGCAAAAAGAGUGUGGUUAAAAACCGCAACAAUCCGAGCUUUUGGGGGUUAACCAUUGCUUAUAAGAUAUUGUGUUUGGCAAUUGCCACACAAGGCUUUUUUUUCCGCCAAACCUCAAAAACGAGCAUCGUGGCGAUUUUUGAUGAUAAAAUGCCGCAAGGCUUCGCUGAUAAAAGCCAAGCAAGUGAAGCACCAGGAAUGGUAAACAAUAUCCUCGUCUCAAAGAAAGGGCAAAGCCGAUUGUUCGCGGUUGGGGGAAAGAAUGAUCGGGUUGCGGCGACUAGGGAAAGUGGUCAUAGUUUAGUUUUACGCAAUGGGCGAACAGGAUAG